AUGGCUUCAUCUUCACCAAUCGCGUCCGCUUUCUCCUGGCUAGGCAAAGAGAACAGUCCAAGCCCAACAAUCCAGCCGUACGGCUACAUCGCCACUGCCUUCUUGGUCGUCGUCUUUUCCAUCUUCCUCAAAGUUUUCAAACACGACGAUUUACCCCUCCUGCAGCCGCCGCCAAAGUGGUUUAGACCGACCUUCCUAGCACAGAUUGAAUUCUUCAAAACAGGAAAGGAACUGAUUGCGAGAGGGAGAGCCACGUUGCGCGACAAACCAUACAAGGUCCUUGCAGAGAGUGGGGAGAUUAUUGUUCUGCCCACUCGUUUCGCCAACGUCAUCCGGAAUGAGGAGGGACUGAGCUUCGGGGCUGUGAUCAUGCGGGUGAGUUCCCAGGGCCGUGAAGACUACCCAGGGUGGUUCUUUAAGACGUUCUACUUGGGGAGCUCUUGGUAUACUGACAUUUUUGUUCAAUUUUUGCUGGCAGAUACCAUCACCGAACCGCUCUCUCUCGAAACCGCGUUCGCAGCAAACCUCAUCUUCGGCGAAUCUCAAGACACAAUCCUUGACCUCGUAGCCCGCCUCUCCUCCCGCGUCUUCCUCGGCCCAGAACUCUGCCGUAACGAAGACUGGCUCCGCAUCACAAAGGACUACACUGUCCUCUCCUUCACCGCAGCCGUCAAGCUCCGCGCCGUGCCCUUCCGUCUGCGCCCCCUCCUCCACUGGUUCUCCGCAGACUGCAGACGCACGCGUGAGUCCCUGGCCGAGGCCCAGAAGCUCAUCGCACCAGUCAUUGAAAAGCGGCGCGCGGAGAAACGGGCAGCCGCCGCCGGAGGCCAGGCCACUGAGACGCCGGUGUCUAACGAUGCUAUCGAGUGGGCUGAGGCUGAGGCGCAGGGAGGGGCGUACGAUGCUGCCACUUUCCAGCUCACGCUCUCCUUUGUGGCUAUACACACUACGACGGACCUCCUUGCUCAGACGCUCAUCUACUUAGCCAGGGAGCCGGAGCUGAUCGACCCCCUGAGAGCCGAGAUCGUGGAGGUCCUGAAAGCCGAGGGAUGGAAGAAGAGCGCGCUGUAUAACAUGAAGCUCCUGGACAGCGCCAUCAAGGAGACGCAAAGAAUGAAGCCCGUCUCCAUGCUCCUCAUGCGCCGCCUCGCCACCAAAGACGUGACCCUCCCAGACUCCAACAUCACCAUCCGCCGCGGCGACACCGUCUCCGUCAACACCUACAGCUCCAUCGACCCGACCGUCCACGAACACCCCGAGACCUACGACAUCCACCGCUUCCGCCGCAUGCGCGAGCAGCCCGGCGGCGCCAACAAGGCGCAGCUCGUGACGACGAGCCCGGAGCACCUGGGCUUCGGUCACGGCUUGCACGCGUGCCCUGGCCGGUUCUUCGCCUCCAACGAGGUGAAGGUUGCGCUUUGUCACUUGCUGUUGAAGUACGACUGGAAGCUGGCGCCGGGGUCGCCUUCGGAGCCUGUGAUUACGGGCGCGUCCAUGAAUGUGAACCCGAAAGCUGUGGUGAUGGUUAAGAGGAGGGUGGAAGAGUUUGACAUUGAUAAUCUUGGGUUUGGGGACCUGGAAGCUUGA